AGUGACACUGAUCGAAUAAGAGAAGAACUAUGCCAUGCCAAAAAACCGUAGACUAGCGAAUUCUGUACUUUCUCUUCCCACCUUCGGGAAGUUUGUUUUUGCAACGAUCCUGCGAUUAACUUUGGACUUCAAAUCGCCGAACUCCCUCAUCGAAGCUGUAUAUUGGCGUUGUUUCAUAUUCCUCUUUGCAUUCCCCCUCCGUAUUUCUUUCACGAUGACGUCCUUGAGAACCCAGCUGCUGUCACCUCUGGACCAAAAUGCUCCCAAAGUAUAUACUCGCAUGGCUCUAGUCUUCCCGGUCACCGAGUAUGAAGCCGCAAUCGAAGAACUACAAAAGGCUCUUGAAAAAACUUGUCAACAGCUGCCUUAUCUGAAAGGCAAGGUGAUCGACAAAGGAUUGGAACAGCGAAAGGAGUCCUACAUCGUCUGGGAGGAAGGGGCCUCCUCUCCACACUUCCAGGAACGCGUAGCUCCAGAGGGAUUGCCAAGUUACAAACAGCUGCAAUUCGAUCGCACGCCCUUCCCUCCAAGCCUGUGGGUGACUCCUCCUGUCUCCCCAGAAGGAACUCCGGGCUUGGGCGCGACGUAUACGCGUAUUGAAGGAGGCCUCGUUGUCUGUAUUGUCACGUACCACAAAGUUGUCGAUGGUAUCGGAUACAGCCACCUCUUGCGUGUGUUGGCAGACAAUGCUAGAGGAAAACCCUCUCAAGGCCCUGAUCCUGAUGAGAUCUCGCACCGUAGGGCUCGAAUUUUAGGCGGAAACGCAGAGGUCUCGGAGCAGGUUCGGAAGCUAGACUUUGAAUCUCUGCUCGAACGCCACCCCGAAUACACGUUGAGAUCCAGACGUGCUGUGGGCGGUGUCGUACCGUUGGGGCCAAAGAUCGGUCCUCAAUAUGGUACCAACAAGGUUUUCGCUAUUUCCGGACAGAAGGUGGACGCUGUGAAGGCUGCACUGCUUGGUCGUUUACCUCCUCAAGCUCUUACGGUCAACAAUAUCUUAACGGCCCUGAUCUGGACGACGAUAACAUAUAUCCGCAAAACCAGGUCAAGCAACCCCGUCGUUGCAAAGACAUCCAAGAUGGACUUUCCCAUAAGCGCACGGCGCGUUGUCGGUCCAUCUCUACUUGAUCCGCCAUUCAUGGGGAAUGCCAUCUGCUAUGGAAUCACUGAGUUGCCUUUCGACGACAUCGCCUUCAUCCCAACCGAAGAGACAAUCGGCCGAUUGCUUCCUAUCAUCAACGCAAUCGCGAAUGCAGGAGCACAUAUUAAUGCCGACCAUGUUGCCGAGCUCGUGCGUAUAUCAGACUUGAACCCUGAUCUUUCCGACAUCAUGCCAUCGUGGCUCUUUGACUACGGUCCGGGGGAUAUGCACUUCAUCAGUUGGGCGCAAGUGGACAUAUAUGACUUAGACUUUGGAGAUCGACUAGGAAAUCCAAGAUACAUGCGCUCCGCUUUCCUGGAAAUGGAUGGGCUAGUUUGUCAACUCCCUCGACGCAGGGUUAAGGAAGGACAGGGCGAGAAGGAGGUCUUCGAGGUGUCUUUUGUGCUGAAGGCAGAGGACUUGCAGCGCUUGGAGAGGAGCGAAUACUGGCAGAGCUGGUUGGUCCAGGACCGCCUGAAUGGAACAGCGUAGGCGCCGCAAGGUGCCUUGAAGAAGGGAACCAUUUGGUGGGAAAAGAGACAGGAAUUGUUGGAGGACAGAGAAGUGUAGAUAUGUCAUGGUACAUACCAUUAGACCGUUCAAUUAAGAAUCAAUAUCAAAUAUUGAC